ACGCGGAGUCAAGGAGGGUACCCGGUUUGAAAAGCGCGGUGCAUUGUGGGGAGGCCGGGAAGAUGGCGGCCCCCGUGAGGAGGUUGAUGCUGUACUGCGCGGUGCGGAGCUUGGGGCGGCAGCGGCGUCCGGGCACCGUUUAUACGGCAGCUGCCGCGGCGGCUCCCAGCAGGAGCGCGGCCUCCCAGGGCGGCGGGUCUCCGUGGCGCCUGCUGGGGGCGCUUUGCCUGCAGAGGCCUCCAAUUGUCUCGCAGCCUCUGACCCCGCUGCAGGUGGAGAUGGCCGAGCUGUUGCAGCAGAUUGAGGUGGAAAAAAGUCGGUAUUCGGAUCAUGAGAUUCGUGCCUUGGAAGAAACAAGGAGACUGGAGAGGAAGAAGGCUGACAUUUAUGACUCUGAUGAUGAUGAUGAUGAUGAAGACAUUUUGUUGGCACAAGAUUUGGAAGACACAUGGGAGCAGACGUUCUUGCAAUUCAAACCUCAGCCUCGAGUGACAGAAGCUGAUCAAAAAAAUGACCGAACCUCAUUGCACAGGAAGUUAGACCAAAACUUGGUACUGUUGGUCAAGGAAAAACUAGGAGAUCAGGAAAUAUGGAUACUACCACAUGCAGAAUGGCAGGUUGGGGAGACCCUCCGAGGAACUGCUGAGCGGGCCCUUGCUACUCUCUCAGAAAAUAGCAUGGAAGCCAAAUUCCUAGGAAAUGCACCCUGUGGCUAUUACAAGUUUAAGUUUCCUCAGGCUCUUCGGACAGAGAACAACAUAGGAGCCAAAGUAUUCUUUUUCAAAGCUUUACUACAAAAUGGAGAUCUCUCCCAAGCCAGGAAGAAGGAUGACCAUGCUUGGGUCAGCAAGGAGGAGCUGGGUGACUACUUGAAACCAAAAUACCUGGCACAGGUUAGGAGAUUUUUUAUGGACAUCUGAUGGACACAGUUGUACUUGGAACAGACAUUUGGAUGGUGGUCAAGAGAACAUGUGACUAUAUUGACGUGUGUGGAUCAUCAUGAAAUAAGCUUAGAAUUAACAAAUAAACCAGUUUCUUAA